AUGUCUGAAGAACAAGAUUGGAUCAGUGCAUUACCAGAUGCAAUUCUCCAUCACAUUCUCUCCUUCUUGCCAACCGAACUUCCUAUUCAAACCAACAUUUUGUCCAAAAGAUGGAUCCACCUCUGGAAAUUCAGCCGUGUCAUUGACAUUCCUAUUACAGUACCUUAUAAAUUGAUCGAUGAAUCUGAAUACUGCAUUGAGUUUGCCAUUUCAAGGCAGGUUCAGAUUCUCUCAGUUGCUGCUAUUCUGCUCGUACUAUUGCCUGAAGAAUGUUAUGCUAUGCCUAGCAUGUUUCAUUUGCAUGACAAUGUUCGAUCAUUGGAGCAACCUUUUUUAGGGGAAGAUGAAACUCUAAAGAGGUUGAUGUCUAUUUAUCCUGUUCUUGAGAGCUUGACCAUUGCUAGUUUCUAUACGCUAAUCAAUUUUAAGACUUAUUGGUGUCAAAGCAAGCGGCUUAAACACCUUGUAUUUCGUUGGAUGGAUGGGAUUGGUUUGAAUCUAGAAGUUGAUGUGUCAAAUUUGUCAUCAGUUCAAUUCUUUGGAGAUUUAAUGCAGAUUUCUUUGAGUACUUUGCCUUCCAUUGUUGAAGCCAGAGUUUUUCAACAGGCAAAUAGACAAUAUAAAGAAGAAUUUGAGCACAUUAGCACAUUGGUAGGAAAUCUUAUCCAUGUAAAGCAACUUGGUGUUAAUUCUUGGUUUCCUCAGUUUGUAGCUAGAGAACUCAAGGUGAACAGCAAUGGAUGGGCAAAUGUCCAAAAUCUUAAGGUAUUUUCUUGGUUUGGUCCAUUUGUGAAAGAGACCGAUCUGAUUGCACUUCUUGCCUUCUUGGGACAAUGCUCUUCUUUGGAGAAGAUUGAACUAGGUUUUAGAACUAGGUAUUCGGAAGCGUUUGAUGAUUAUAUUCAAGCUUAUGCUUUCAAGCAAUCGUUUGUUGAGCUUAACAAUGGAGAAGGAGAACUAACAGUUGAAUUUUUGCAUAAUUUGAAGAUAAUUAAAGUACAUCACUUCUUUAGCUAUAAGAGCGAAAUUGAAUUAGUUAAGCGUCUAUUGCAGAAGGGUGCAUUUGGAAGUAUGGUAGGAAUGCCAAAAUGGCACCGCAAAACGGUGCCAAAACAGCAGCCCGUAUCUCUUCCCACCGCGUUUCCAAAUGCAGCCGUAGACUGUUUACAUGGAGUCUCAUCUGCUGUAGCAAAAACUAGGCACAUUUAUGGCAGAUAG